GGCGGCGGGGCCGGGGGGAGGCGGCGGGGCCGGGAGAGGCGGGAGGCGGUACUGCCGCCGUGCAGGGACACACACACCGGAGCUGAGCGAGCCCCGGUGCCACAGCGCCCGCUCCGCUCCGCUCCCGGCCGGGACCGCUCCGCCAUGGGCGGCCGGGCGGCGCGGCCCCGCUGACCGCGCAAACCCCGGCAGCAGCUUCGGCAUCCCGGACUCCGGUACCCCGGCAUCCCGGUACCCCGGCAUCCCGGACUCCCGGCAUCCCGGCAUCCCGGACUCCGGUACCCCGGCAUCCCGGACUCCCGGCAUCCCGGCAACUCCGCUCCGCUGACGCCGGCGUCCCUGGAGCUCCGGACUCCGCCAUCCCGGGAACUCACCUCCCGGGAACUCUUCUCCACUGAGCCCGGCUCCUCCGCCUCUCAGUGCUCCGGCAUCCCGGGAACUCCGUACUCCACUGGCCCAGGAGCUCCGCUGCGCUGACCGCUGGUCGCGGCUCCUCGGGAAUUCGAGCCGCGCUGCCCCCCGGCCCCCCGGCCCCCCGAAGGCGCGGCCAUGGCCUUCAUGGUGAAGAGCAUGGUGGGGGGACAGCUGAAGAACCUCACGGGCGGCCUGGGCGGCGAGGAGAAGAGCGAGGGCGAGAAGUCCCCGGCCGAGGCGCAGGGCAUGACCCGCGAGGAGUAUGAGGAGUACCAGCGGCAGCUGGUGGAGGAGAAGAUGGAGAGAGAUGCCCAGUUUGCCCAGCGCAAGGCGGAGAGAGCCACGGUCAGGUCCCACUUCCGAGACAAGUACAGACUCCCCAAGAACGAAACGGAUGACAACCAGAUCCAGCUGGUGGGAGGUGACGUGGAGCUGCCCAAGGAGCUGGCCAAGAUGAUCGAGCAGGACAACGAGGAGGAGGAGGAGAAGAACUCGGUGAUCGGCCAGCUCAGCAACAUCCAGAACCUGGACCUUGAUUCCUUGAAGGACAAAGCUUCGGCCACGCUAGAGGACCUGAAGCAAUCGGCGGAGAAGUGCUCCGUGAUGUGACGGGGCUGAGCGGGGAGGGGACGCAGCGCCGGGUCUGGCGGGGGCUGCUGCCUGCAGCGGGGACCCCAGCCAUGUUGUCACCCUUGCCGUGUGUCACUCGGCUCCUCCUGAGCCGUGUGACCCCUCGAGUCCCUGACCCAGAUGUCCCUGAUGUGUGGCUUUCGUUUCGUUCCCCGGGCUGAGGUUAGAGCCAAGAGCCAGCAUGUCCCCCCCGUACCCCAAGGCCUCCUCCCGUGCCCGGGCAGGGGGAGUCCACAGCCAGAGCCGGGGGGGUUGCAGGGAAGGAGAGUGGCCUCGGAGUGUGGUUGACCUUGGAGUGUGGUUGACCUUGGAGUGUGGUUGACCUUGGAUUGUGGUUGACCUCGGAGUGGUGGCCUCACGCUGCGGCUCUGCCUCUGCGUUUCCACUCAGCCUCCUAGAAAUGCACAGGAGGCUCUGAUUUGCCUGGCAAGGACGAGGCAGGGUGUGGAACACCUCCCUCCCCGCAUCCCAUCCCCAUCAGGUGAGGAACGCCAUCCCAUCCCUGCCAGGAACACCAACCCCUGCGCCCUUGAGGGCCCUCGGGAGGAGGCAGCCAGGACGGACCUGCCAUCCGAUCCCUGUGGGAAGGGGGGUGCUGAAGCCCGAAUUGACACCAGAGAGGGACAAAAACCCUCCCUGUUGCCGAGCUGAGCCCUGGCAUCCUUCUCCUGGGGUGGCAUCCUGUCCUUGUUCCUGCCAGGAGAAGAACAAAGCCAUGAGGGAACAUCUCCCCGUCUCCCGCUCGUCGUGCUGUAGUCGUGCCGUGCUCGGUUGAGUGUCCCUCACCUCCUGUGCUGUCCCCGUGCCAUGGUACUGUUAUAACCGGUGGAAUAAAUACCAGGAGACGUCUAUGCA